CGAUUGGUCCUCCAGCCGUUGUCGUUGUUGUUGUAUGGAAGAGAGAAGAACCAUUCGCUGAGGGCGAUGGUACGGAAGAGAGAAGAACCAUUCGCUGAGGGCGAUGGUAGCAGUGAAUUAUGGACCGUCGGAUGGUGUGUCGGCCAGCGAAGAAGAAAGGUACCACUAUUUGCCGUAGGGAUGAGCUGCAGGAGGGGUGAUUGUUCGUCCAGUGAGUGGUAUUGUGCAAAAGUUAUUUUGAGGGGCGCAGAACGAACGCUCUGCUGCAUGUAAAUGCUUGGUGCAUCUUCAUCUCACUCCAUUGGAAGAAGAGGAGGAGGAGGAGGAGAUCCUCUAGGAGGGAGGGGAGGGAGGGAAGGGAGCGAGGGAGGGAAUGCCUGCUGCGAGAUGGAUGAUUGGCUCGGCAGGGUACAAAAGGGAGAUGGAGAGGAGGAGAUGGAAGGGAGAUGGAAGGGAGAUGGAAGGGAGAUGGAGGGGAGAUGGAAGGGAGAUGGAAGGGAGAUGGAAGGGAUGAGAGGAGGGAGGUGGAAGAGAUGGGAGGAGGGAGGUGUAGGGGAUGAGAGGAGGGAGAUGGAAGAUGAAGGGAGAAGGGAGAAGGGAGAAGGGAAGGGAUGGGAGAAGGGAUGCCAGGAGGGAGAUGGAAGAGAUGGAAGAAUGGAUAUGGAGGAUGGAAGAAGGGAGAUGGAAGAUGGAAAAUGGAAGGUGGAAGAUGGACGAUGGAAGAUGGAAGAAGGGAGACGGAAGAUAGAUGGAAGAUAGAUGGAAGAGAGAUGGGAAGGAGAUGGAAAGGAUGAAAGAAGGGAGAUGGGAAGGGAUGGCAGAAAGGAGAUGGAAGGGAUAGAAGAGGGGGGAUGGAAAAGAUGCCAGGAGGCAGAUGGAAGAGAUGGAAGAACGGAGAUGGGAAUUGGAAAGAAGGGAGAUGCAAAGGAGAUGGAAAGGAGAUGGAAUGGGGGAGGUGGAAGAGAAAUGGAAGGGGGGAGGUGAAAGGGAGGUGAAAAGGAGGUGAAAGGGAGGUGAAAGGGAGGUGGAAAGGAAACGGAAGGGGGGAGGUGAAAUAGGAGGUGGAAAGGAGAUGGAACGGGGGAGGUGAAAGGGAGGUGGAAGGGGAGAGAACGGAGAUGGAAUAUGGAAGGGGGGAGGAGGUGAAAGGGAGGUGAAAGGGAGGUGAAAGGGAGGUGGAAAGGAGAUGUAAGGGGGGAGGUGAAAUUGGAGGUGGAAAGGAGAUGGAACGGGGGAGGUGAAAGGGAGGUGGAAGAGGAAAGAAGGGUGAUGGAAGAUGGAAGGGGGGAGGAGGUGAAAAAGGGAGGUCAAAUGCAGAUGGAUGGGAGAUGUCAGUUGAUAGGGUUUCAAGAGGGAGAUGGGAGAUUUCAGUUGGUUGCAGUUGAUGAUAUGGAGAGAAGGAUUCAGUGCUUGUUGCUUAUUUGGUGAGCUUUGGUGUCUGAUGAGAGGAGGCAAUGUUGUGCGAAGGAGGAGGAAUAGACGAACGGUUCGGGUUGUGUUUCCAUCGCUGUUUUCGCCAUUAGCGUUUCCCAAAGGGCGUUGUUGUGACGAAAGGCUUUUGAUCCUGUCCAAUGAAUCAAGUGGGGUAGU